AAAGUUUAUAAAGCGUAUUAGCGUAAUUAUGGAUACAACCAUAGGAAAAUCACAGAGUACAGGAGCACGUUGGGUUUGUCCGAAUGAUCGGCAUUUAGCACUAAGAGCCAAAUUGCGAACAGGUUGGUCAGUGAAAACCGAAUAUUUGGACUCAGGAUGGGGCAAUUAUUCUAACAUUGGUGGUGCCAACCGUACCGAGCAAUCGUUUGUAUUAACAGAAGAAGAACGACAUACAAUCAUACAGGUGAUUCAAAGAGCGGAGGCGCUGGAUUUAUCGGAGCAGAAACGCAUUGGCAGGCUGGUCGAGAGAUUGGAAGACAUGAAGCGCAAUGUUCGCAUAAUCACUUCCAGCCGAUCGGACGAGCGAAAAAAUUGCGGUAGUCGAUGUUCCAGCGGUUCGCGCUGUGUCUGCUCUUGUGCCCUAUGCGGUGAAAAGUUUGGUGCUGUGUUAGGGGCUACACCAACCUUCUGCAAAGAUUGUAGAAAAUACGUUUGUCAAAAAUGUGGUAGAGAGACUGGUACGUCGAAUGUACUAGCUUCUUCCAUCACUACUACAGAAGGUUUAUCCUCGAUUACAUGUAACUCGCUCACAAGUGAAUCUCCCUCACCAAAGAGGACCGCAAUACAACGAAUCGUACAGAGGACCUCGAGCAGUCCGCAAAAGCUUUUUCUUUGUCGUAUCUGUUCUGAGAGCAGAGAGAUUUGGAAAAAGAGCGGAGCUUGGUUCUUUAAAGGAAUGCCGAAGCACGACCUUCCGAAGAAAAAAGAACGCGAUUGGUCUCGAGCGGGUCAAAGGACGCUAGGCCAAACGUCUUGUAAAACUAUCAGUGCUUGCAAAUCGUUGGAAUCGAAGGAAGCUCAGGACUCCUCAUCGGAUGAGGAGGCAACAAGACGUUUGAUCGGUGCACGUAUCUGCUAUUCUUCUUCUCCGAGUUUGCAGGGUAUCCAAGACAUCGACGGUAUUUCCAAAGAACAAAUCAUCUCUUAUGAUACUCAAACGCCAAAUGGAUUUUCCGAAGUUAAAAGUCGAACAAAUGGUCAUUUGUCAUCUACAGGCCAUCAAGAUGAGAGUCCUUCCACGACGAAUAGAUUGGACAAAUCUUCGAUCUUUUCGAUACAUUCGCAGUGCAGUCGUCUUUCACCAUCCACGUCAGCGACCUUACAAAUCUCUCGCACGAAUGAAAAGAGUAUGUGUGAUCAACGUAACGGAAGUUCUCUCGAUGAUAAUGUAUCGACCGAGGUAUUAAGAUUAGAAGAUAACAGUGACAAACAAUCCGAUUUCAUCGACGAUUCUCGCAAUUCUAUCGAUCGGUGUAAGGGUUCUCAGGUACAAUCAGUCAGACGAAACUCACCAUCGACCUCGCCGCCGAGCACUCUGAUGGAACGGAUUUUAGAGGAGGUUUGGAUACACGAAAAAAAUGCGAAAUGCGAGGCAAACUGCUCCAAUCAGAUGAACGAUGCACCUAUCAGCACGUGGUGCGUGCAUCACUCACCGAGACAACAAACGUCGGAUUACCUCGAAAUAAUGAGAUCCGAAAUGGAGGAAAGCUUUGGGACUCUGGAAAUCUCCUUGCUAUACGACCCAGUGGCUCAGUGCCUCCAAUGCAAAGUGGAACGAGCAUUAGGAUUAAAACCUAUGGACAUCCACGAUCUCGCCGAUCCAUUUUGCAAAAUCACUAUACUGCCGGUGGGAAUGGGUACAAUUAUCAAGCCGACAAGAACGAAAACUGUUCACAAGACACGAGAUCCUGUGUUCAACGAGACAGUGAACUUCUACGUGUCGAGAGAUGCCGAUAUGAAGAGUGGCAGAGCCUUACAUGUCAUGAUACUUCAAGACGAUCCAUGGGGAGAAGACUUUCUAGGCGAGGCGAGAUUUCCCCUAUACGAAUUAGAACCGUUCCAGACGAAACAUUACAAAAUCAACCUGCAAAAUCAUUAUCCGGUGAGUCACGAAGAAGAGGCUUGGGAUCUUCAUCGAGGCAAUCGAGGUCAAGUACAACUCACUCUAAGUUACUGUACCCGUCGACGUGCCCUGUUAGUUAUUAUUCAUCAAGCUAUGAAUCUUUUACCCAUGGACAACAACGGGUUUUCUGAUCCAUUUGUAAAGCUGUGCCUUGUAGAGAAUGUGAUAGACAAUCGAUGUCAACGAGGUCACGAUCCUCUCGGGCGCACCAGUGCGAAGAAACAAUCCAGCAAGAAGUUAAUCACAGGUCGCAGCACGUACAGCACGAGCAUCAAAUGGAAAACUCUCAACCCAGAGUGGAACGAAGAGUUCGUUUUUGGGAUUCGAUUAACAGACCUCAUGAAAGUCACGUUAUGCCUCUCUAUGUGGGACAAGGAUUUCGGCAAGAGUAAUGAUUAUCUUGGAGGACUUGUACUAGGAUGUAAUAGUAAAGGAGCACGAUUGCGACAUUGGGUAGAUGUCAUCAAAUUUCCUGAUUAUCGGCACCCUGCUUGGCACAAUUUAACGGAAGUUCUUAUGCCAAUAGAGUAAUAUUUUUCAAAAGUCGGUAAUACUGAUCUCAAUGUUGAUACGUUAAAGAGGCAACAUGAGGUUUAAGUUGCAUCAAUAUGUAUUGCCUAAAGAACCAAUGUCUAUACUGCACAUUGUCACUAUUAAAGUAUUGUGAAAAUAAGUAUAAGAAAGAUAAUUAUAGUUUAAUAAUUAUCAGUUUAAUUCCAAUUA